AUUUCUAGAGUCAGCAUUACAAAAGUGGUUUUUUUGUUACGAAGGCAGCUUAACAUUUGGGUAUACCAGAUACAAAUCGUGGUUCUGACUGACUUGCAUCUGUAAAAGUCAGUCGGCUAUAGACAGAGCCUGUUGUUUGUCCCUUUCACUGACAAUGAGAGCGUGGUGUCUCUGGUUGAUUCAAAGCGUGGGAGGUUCAACCACGAGUUUUACAACCAAUGCUAUACGACGGGUCUUGCAACCGACCGAAUACUCUUGGAGGACUUAAUCGCGAAUGGAAUGGUGGGAUUAUACGCUCAGACUCCGAGGUGUUGGAUUCAGUUUUAAAAUAGACACCAAAGACUACGAAUAAAUAUUUUUAACCCACGAUAAAAAAAAUUCAUAUUAUAAAUCUUUCAUCGGUUUGGAUCUGUGGUGAAAGGGGUCAUUUGUUCGGAAAAUUUAAAUCAACUGUUAUACAUAAAUGUGCUAGACGAUCGAUUAUUAAUUUUUCAUUUGGAGUAAAAAAAGGAAAGUGUGAAUAACAGUAUGCUGGUACUUUUUUUUCAUAAAAAUCAAUCAUUUCAAUUGAUGAAUUCAGAAGAAGAAAAAGAACAAUAGAGCAAGAACUGAGAAAAAGAAGCCAACAAAAAAAUUUAGAGACAGUGUUCGUAUGAGAAGCAAUUUUUCGGUAUCAAGAUAUACACGCAAUUAAAGUACUGAACGAGAGCGAAUCCGGCUACACCAGAUGCCAUAAUAUAUAUCCCAUUGCCGCAAUGGAAGGGAUAAGUAAAGAAGUUGAACCUUUGACUUUUCAGUACUCAUGUGACCCGAAUAAAAGUUGCGAAGUAGAAAAGGAGAAAAAAUAAAUGACAAUAUAGCAAUAUAGCAUAUUAACAAAGAUAAUGAAAAUGGAAGUUUUCAGUGAUGCGUAAACACAUCGAAUCGAAUUGAAAUCGUGACGAAUGCAUAUAAUGAUAUAUUGGAUAAUAAUAUUGGACAAUUAGAUAUUUACUGCGCUUUCAAAACAUUCUCCUGUGAGAUAAUAAUACCGCAGGUUAUUUUCAAUAAUAAUAGUUUAAAAAGAUAAUGGUGGAAUAUCAUUAGAGUCUUUUGUAAUAUAUUUGUAAUAAAUUUCACCCCAUGUUUGGUAAUCCUUCGUGCAGAGAAUGAAAUUAUCAGUAACAUAAAGUGCGACAGGACGAGUAAUUUUAUAUUAAGAAAAAUUGAACAAACUUUGAAUGAUUGUGUCAAAAUGAAGAAGAUUUACGUGAUCGAGGUCAAAACCAGGUCACCUCUUUCGUCUCUUUAUCCUUCGGAAAGGCGAUACUCAGCCUCGACAGUUGGUGGAUUAUCUUUGGUUCAUUUGGGACUUGGAAUUUUGGCGUUUCUUAUGGGUACCUUGGCUCGUUCUAUUCAGGGACCAAUUUUAUCCCUAGCUUGUCUGGUGCCAUUUGUAUCUGGACUAAUAGCUUGGAAGAGAUGGUACAUAGAUAAAAAUAUAUCGAUAUUUUUUUGUUCAACAAUAUUUUCACUAAUUGUUUCAAUAGUUUGUGCGUCAGCUACGAUUUUUGACAUAGCAUUUAUAAAUGAAAAUGGAAUUGCAUUACCUUGGAGGAUCGAAAAUGUAUUACCUUACUACAAAGAUAAUCUGAACGGAAAUAAAGAACAAUUGAAUAUUUUCAGUAAAAAUGAUACGAAGAAGUUUGGAAAAACUGUAGAUAAUAAAAAUGAGAGUGAAAUUAUUCAAAGUUCUAUUGAAGGUUUAAAAUUACAUUACGAAGAUGAGACUCCAACUAAUCUCCUUGAAAAUCAACUGGACAACGAUUCACAAAAUUUCGAUAGCUUUCUUACAAUUUGUCCUGAGAAUCGGGUACCAAUUUUAAGAACAAAUCUGCUACUGGAAUUCAACGUCUUGGUUACAUGUUUGUUAGAAAUUAUGUGGUCGUUUCUGAGCAUAAAAAUCUCGUUGAAAGGUAUGCGGAACAGAAUAAAUGAAACUUAUGGAUUUGAAAACACUAAUUUUGGGAAUCCAAAUUCGAUCAAUGGUAUUGGAAAUCGGUUCGGAAGAAUUAAAAAUCGUGCACCGAAUCCAGAAGAUGAUAAAGAACGCUCUUGCAGGAGUAAUAAUGAAAGAAACGUAAUAAAGGACUAUCAUUCUGUGCAAAUUUCAGAAAAUUCCGGUCCAAGAUUACCGUUACCUGAAUCUAAUAAAGAAUUUCGAGAAAGAGUUGAAAGAUUUUUGGCUAAUCAAGCCGCCCAUAGAAUAGUCGAAGGGUCUUGUUCUUAAAAUAAAUUUAUGCGCAAAACUGUUUUUAAAACAUAGAUACAUACAUGUACAUAUUCAGAUUAUUAAAAACAUAAAUAAUUAUA